AUGGUGGGCGUUCCUGGAAGAUCAAAGAGCUGCGGCACCUGUCGAAUCCGUAGGAAAGGAGGUUGUGACCGAAAGCGACCGUUUUGCAGGCACUGUUUGAAAUUAAGAUUAAAGUGCGAUGGAUACGGACGGAACACCGUCUUCGUCACUUCUACAACUAGGUCUCCCCCACGGUAUCGGGGCGAGGCAGCCGAGUGGCAGAUCACUCUUCCCAACGCCCUGGCGAGAUCUGCCCAUGAAGAAAGGUAUUUUGAUAUCUUCUGGAGGACGUAUCUUCCCGAG